UUUUAUAAGGUAACAAUAUUCGUUUUGUUCAAUAAGAUAUUAUAAGAUAAUCACUGUUUCAUUAUAAUUAGGUAUUAAUAAUUAUAUUCAAAUAAUUCAGAAAUAUGAUUGAAUAAUGAAAAAAAUCUAUAUAUUUUUCUAGUUCAAUUUUAAAGGAUCUAUCAAUACUUUUUUUUUUACAAUGAAAAAUCUAUAAGCUUUAUUUUUUUAUUUAUGCUACAAGAAGCAAUUCAGUAGUUAUAAAAAAAAUCUGAAUUUGUGAUUACACAAAAUCAUAAGCACUUCCAAUAAUAUAUACGUAUAGAGCGGAAAACGGGAAGAACAUACCUUUUUUGUAUAUUGGAUGUUUUGUGAUAUUUUCUCGUUAACAUUUUUUUUUCUAAAUAUUUUUAGAAGUAGUUAAAUUUUGUUUACGAUAUCGAAGUUGUGGCUUUUAUUUAAUUAAUAUUUGAUUAUUUAUUUUAAAAUCUAUAAUUUUAAGUUUACAAUCUAUAUAAAUUAUACAUCUUUUAAAUUUGGCGCGAACGAAAUUAGCGUAUUAUGUAGUGACUGUACUUACACUUCCAUUGCAUACUACAAAAUGUUUGCUUCUUAUUUAGUUUUCCUAUCAAAUUUUACUUUAAGGUAACAAUAAAUAGAAUACCAGAUAUUUUUAAAUUCUAAAAAGAAUAUUUCAAAUAAGAAUAAAAACUAUGUUACUGUAAUGUAUUAUUUAUAAUUAUUAUAUGCUUUAAAUCAUAUAUACAUAUAUUUACAUGUAUAUAUACAUAACAGGAGAACAAGUUCCAAAGUACUUUAUAUUUUCUAUGGGUUAUUUGUUUAAGCAACAAUGUCUGGAGAACAAUUUUCUUUAAUAUGGAAUAGUUUUCCAAGAAAUUUAUCUUCUGGUUUAUAUACUUUAUUAAUUGACGAACAACUUGUUGAUGUAACUUUAACAGCUGAAGGCAAAAUUUUAAGGGCACAUAAGUUGAUAUUAUCAGUUUGUAGUACAUAUUUCAAUAGACUUUUCAAGGAAAAUUCUUGUAAACAUCCAAUUGUAAUACUAAAAGAUGUCAAUUAUCGUGAUUUAUCUGCUAUGCUUCAAUUCAUGUAUCAAGGGGAAGUUAAUAUUAAACAAGAGGAUAUUGGCAAUUUUUUAAAAGUAGCAGAAAUAUUGCAGAUAAAAGGGUUAACCACAGAAAGAAAUGAGAAAAAAGACAGAAUAUUGGAUAAUAAUAUCCAAGAAAUGGAUUGCUACUUUGAUAUAAAAACAGAUAGAGAAAAUCACCUUACUUCUGUAGAAGAUAUUUAUCAGUGUGAGAAAUUAACAAAAUCUUUAAAAUGUAAGAAGGUACAAAGAGAAAAUACAAUUCUUCCUUCAAGUUCUGUAAUAAAAAGUUUCAGUAUUAUGGAAAGAAAUCUAACAAAUGAAAUUCCUUAUCCCAAAAAAUUAGUUUCUCAUACAGAUUAUAGUCCACAAAGAACAUUAUUUAUCGAAACUUAUAAAAAUAUUGAUACUACAAAGGAACCAUUUGAUUGUACCUCUGAUAUAAAUCACACAAAAACAAUACAAUACAAAUCCUCAAAUUAUAUGGAUGAUAUGGAUAUAAAAGCAAUGUAUAAAUCACAAAUGUUAAAUGAAGUAUUUUGUAAUAUUGAGAAUGUACAUAAAUCAGAUUCUGAAUCAGAUAUGCAUUUAAAAACUGCUAAUCAAUCUCUUGGUCUGACUAGUAUGGUGAUAGAAGAACGUAAAAACUUGACAGAUGAUGCAGCUAAUUGUGGCGGAAAGCAUAGAUAUAUCAAAGGUAAUCCUAAUAGUACAUUAUCCCUGGAAACAACACUGCGUCUAGUUUCAGAAAUUAGACCAACAUUCUAUAUGGAAAAGGGUAAAUUAAUGCGGGUUUAUUCAUGUCCUUGGUGUCUUCGUAAUUUUACACGCAGAGAAAAUCUAAAAUUACAUGUUCGUUAUAUUCAUGGUCCACUUGAAAGUCUUACAUGUAAGCUUUGUGGCAAUAAAUAUAAAAACAGCAACAGCUUGCGUGUACACUCUUACCUUUAUCAUAAUGCUAAACGAGACAAACAUAAUAAAUCACUUGUAAAUAAUAAUAAUUAGAAAUGGACAAGAUUACAAGUAUUUUUGUAUACCACAAUAAUAAUAAUUAUUUACAAGAUAUUA